CUUCUGUAGCUCUGCCCCCCUUCGCUGCGGAAGUGUUGUGCUCAAGUGCAGCAGAGCCAAGCUGCUGGAGUCUGAACAGACGCUUCGGCGGUUGUGUGUUUGCGGCCGCCUUUCUCCGUGUCAGCGCUCACCGCUACCGUCAACCCGCGCAGUAUUAUGUGAAGAGCGUCCGGACGGAGGGAGCAGCGUGUCAAGUGAGUUACCUUGAAUCUUCUAUAUGGGCCAUCUUUUCUCGAAAAAUGGUUUACGCCUGAAGAAGAGGACCCGCAAGUUGCAGCACAAGAAGAAGAAGAAGAGGAACUGUUUCCUGCAGGGCCCGUGCAUGCUCUGUUUCCUCGUCCACAGCAAUAGCAGUGGUCUGGACGACGACGGUGACCAUCUGGAGGCCGGCGUGAACGGGUGUUGCCACAACACAAUCACCGGAAUCAGUGUCGCGCACAUUGGGGGCGUCGGCCUCGGACCAGCAGCUGCCUCAAAACUCGCCGAGCGAUACGCAACAAUCGCCUCACCUGAGGAGUGCUCCAAGUACCUGUUGUCCCCAAGGGAGCUGGGGAUCUGGGAGGGCCAGGGGAGGGGCAUUUUAUCCGCCGUUCCUGCCAAACUGAUUCCAGCGCCGGCUCUUUUCCGAACGGCUGGUGUGUCUGUGACUGUGCCCGUUCCUGUGCCUAUACCCAACUGCACCGUCGACUACACUGAGAUGGUGUGUAAGAGGAAGUGCUCCGAGGUGCACAGGUGCACCCCUUGCAAGCAGCCGCGCUGUGCCUUUGCCGCUCCUGACGGAGGGCUGGAGCACGACGGAACGGGAGGAGAAGAGGCUGGCUCCAACUCUGAAACUGGCCACUGCCACCUUCCACUAUGCCCAGUUCCCUCCUCGUCCUCCUCUUCCUCUGCAUCCGCCUCCUUGCCUGCUGAUGGCUGCUGCGGGCUGGGCCUUCAAAUGGACUCGCCCCACAGCUCAGACUCCUCCCCCUGCUGCCUGAAUCACUAUGACGACUCUCAGGCGAGAAGUUCUGAUGCUGUUGAUCACUUAAGUAUCAACCACCUGCCUUCCUCCAUCCUUCUCAAGGUGUUGUCCCACCUGACAGUGAAGGAACGCUGUCUUUGUGCCUCUCUGGUUUGCAAAUACUGGAGGGACCUCUGCUUGGACUUUCAGUUCUGGAAGCAAAUCGACCUCAGUGGCCUACAACAAGUUAACGACGAUCUCCUUGUGAAAAUUGCUUCUCGAAGGCAGAAUGUGACGGAGAUCAACAUCUCGGAUUGCAGGGGGGUGCACGAUCAUGGUGUGUCCUCCUUGGCCUCACGCUGUCCAGGCCUGCAAAAGUACACAGCCUACAGGUGCAAGCAGCUGGGAGACAUCUCCCUGUCCGCUUUGGCCUCACACUGCCCUCUCUUGGUCAAGGUGCAUGUUGGAAACCAGGAUAAACUGACAGAUGCAUCACUGAAGAAGCUGGGAACACACUGCAGUGAAUUGAGGGAUAUCCAUUUAGGACAGUGCUACGGGAUCACAGAUGAGGGCAUGGUGGCGUUGGUCAAAGGAUGUCCAAAACUGCAGAGGCUCUACUUGCAGGAGAACAAAAUGGUAACUGAUCAGUCUGUGCAGGCGGUAGCGGAGCAUUGCCCUGAGCUGCAGUUUGUGGGCUUUAUGGGAUGCCCUGUGACCUCUCAAGGUGUCAUUCAUCUUACCGCGCUUCAUAACCUGAGCGUCCUGGAUCUGCGGCACAUCUCCGAGCUCAACAACGAGACCGUGAUGGAAGUGGUGAGGAAAUGUCGCAAACUCAGCUCCCUGAACCUCUGCCUCAACUGGAGCAUCGACGACAGGUGUGUGGAAAUCAUUGCCAAGGAGGGGCGAAGUCUGAAGGAGCUGUAUCUAGUGUCCUGUAAAAUCACAGACCACGCUUUGAUAGCCAUUGGCCAGUACAGCACUACCAUAGAGACAGUGGAUGCCGGCUGGUGUAAAGACAUCACAGACCAAGGAGCCACACAGAUUGCUCAGAGCAGCAAGUCACUCCGCUACUUGGGUCUCAUGAGAUGUGACAAGGUGAACGAGGAGACGGUGGAGAGGCUGGUGGUCCAGUAUCCUCACAUUGUGUUCAGCACGGUGAUGCAGGACUGCAAGAGGACCCUUGAGAGAGCGUAUCAAAUGGGCUGGAGCCCAAACACGUCAAACUCCUCGUAGCUAACACCGGACCUCAACCAACGAGUCGCAAACGCGCACGCAGAAAAACUGAAUUUUGUUGGGCUCUGUCACGUCAGCUUCUCAUUCACUACCACCACGUGCAUGUGAUCUUGUAGUGACACACAAGACGGAACAUCAGUCCGUUUGAAUCUGAUCUCCUAUCUUGAUAUUUUCAACUUAAAAUGAUCUUUCUUCAGACCAGAAGCAACACAAGCUCAUGUUAUUAGAAGUAAAGGUUAAGAAUGUAAAGUGUCUUUAAAUUCUCUGAAGCGUCUGCAUGCAGAGGAGGGAGUUAAUUUUUGACAGCUUUUGAUGAUACUUAUAGAAAACCAAGUUUUAAUCAGUCGGGGAAAUAAGUGAAUUUUUUCAGACUUGAAGAAAAAUGAGUUUUAUCUACAAGAGGAUGAGAAGGUUUUUUCUUUGUGGAGCGACUCACAAUCCAGCUGUUACAGAGCAAGGAAGUACAACACAACAGCAUCAACGUGAACGGCUCUACACCUCACCAUUUAAAGAAAAUGUGUUUUACUUCUCUGUUCAUUAAAAACCUUGUUUAUUGAACAUAAGUAGUGUUUAACGUUAAUGUUUUUGCAGAGUUAGGGACUCAGUGUGUUUACAAUAUUUUUCUGUUGAAGUUAAAUUUGGUUCAUUGACUAUUCUGCCUCUAAUCCAGUGCAGAAAUGGAAAUUGGCUUUACUUUUAGUCAUUAAGUAUUAAAGAGAUCUUGAGACAGACACGACCUUCACCUGGGUCAAAGGCAAAGUUUAAUAGAAAAAAAAUUGUGACCUUAAUUGGUUUAUUGCCAAAAAAAAGCAAAAACCCAUUUUCAGAAAGACAUAUUUAACUGAUUUAUAAGAAACCUUAUUCAUAUUGUUUGGUCUACAUAUAUGCACAUAUUUAUAUAAAUAUAUACAGACAUGAAUACUGCAUUAGAUUUAUUUAGUCAACUUUUGGUUUAAACAUAAUUGUAACAUUAGCUGUGUAGCAAAGCAGUUUUUUCUCUUCCACGUGGAGCAGCAGAAAAGUGGCUUUGGCCUGAAACGGCGUGAGUAUGCGUGUCUGGGUGAACGUUUUUCCUUUAUUAUAUAAAAGCUAUGUAGUGUACAGUGAAAGAAUUCAAACGGCCAGGGUAUUUUUGUACAGCGUGAGUCCGCUCUGGGCUCAGUCACCUCUCGCUGUCACUCACAUGGAAACUAAAGCUCAUUGGAUUGGACUUUGACUAGAACUGUAAACUUUUUCAGCAGGGUGGAGAGUUGAAAUCUGAAGCAUUUAACCCUGUUCAGGAUUUGUAGACUUUAUUCAACGGAGGAUUUCUCUUUCCUUCCUGUUUUGAUCUCUUUCUGUUCUUUUGUAAUCCCUGUGCGCACUGUUUUCUCUGCUAGAUGUUGACUCACUUUAUUUCUGAUCUCUUAAGACAACCAUAAAUGACUGGAUUUACAUAAUGAUGAAUAAAACCCACAACUUGAA